AUGGCAUACGACGACGAGGACCCCGCUUCGGGGCCCCUCCAAACAUCUCCCCCCUCCGGCGCAAUCCCCGUAGAAUCGAGCGCAGGCGUUGAGGAGGAGGAGGCGCCGCCGACGGCCGAAGAUGAUCUGCAGGACGAGGAAGUCUCGGACUUCCGCAAGUUCGCGAGCGUGCUGCAGCAGAAGACACAGGUCUCGGGCAAGUCCAUCCGCAAGGGCGAGAAGGACUUUGAGUCACACGGCACGCGCCUGCAGGAGAGCGCCCUCGAGGCCAGCCGCAGGGCCAUGCACGAGACUCUAAGCUAUACGCGGACGCACAUCCCGACUGGGUAUAUCAGGGGUUGGUACUUCCCGGAUCACUUCAGCGAGGAGGCGGAGGAGGGCUGGGGUGAUAGGGUGGUGGUCGUGGAACAGGACAAGGGCGGUAUGUUCAAGGCCAUGGGAAGAGUGAUGAAGGGCCGUGGUGCCAACUUUGCGCCGGCUUGGGACCGCACGUGGUUGUUGCCCGAAGAGGCUUUGUACAUGGUCGAGAGAGGCGAUUUGCAUCUGUGGUGGCCGGAAAGGAGCAUCGGAGAGGUCUUCCCACUCAAGACGGAAGGCGAGGGUGAUCUUGCCAGAGAUGACCGAGAUCAGAUGGGCUUGCCGCUCAGCUUCCAGGCAGCAUACGCGUUGUUCAUUGGUAGGGAUGGUGACAGAGGCAAGAUAUCGCUGGAGAAGUACCAAGUAUAUGCCAACUUACGGCGCUGUGGUUAUUUUGUCUUCCGGGCGAGUUCGUCGAGAGAUUCUACAGCCCUCGUACCUACGGCAUCAUCACAGUCGUUAUGGCAAUGGCUCUUCUCGCUCUUAUCGCACGAUAACUCGCGACCGCCAACGUGGUAUCCAGCCCAGGGACCGCUGGUAAAGCCUGGUCUCUACCGCUCAUAUCAGCCUGUCUUUAGACAACUCCACCUUAUACCACGUCAUAAACCAUCCUCACAACCCACAGAGCCAACUCCACCCCAGGCGCCCUUCGAGAUCUUUUAUCACGUCUACAAAUCCCGGCCAGGUUUCAGCAAGGCCAGUCCGCCACCACCCGACUUCCGCAUUGCGGUCGUCGACGCGAGGACGACAUCGGUGCCGACAAUAACAGAGCUCAAGGGCAUGCUGGAGUCCACGCCUUGGUCUCCGCCGGAUGAGAAGACGGCAAAUGGACAGGGCGUGGGUUUCAUGUACAAGAGGCUCAAGCACGGAUGGCGGAACGCAAUUCUCGCCGUCGUCGAUAGCGGGUUUACCAGUUAUUUGAGGUUCACGGAGAUGGCGUUUGGCGAGGAGAAGCUGUUUGACACAUUCGAUAGGUCACAGGGCAGGGGUGGGAAGAAGGGACGGGGUAGUCCAGGUGGCAGAGGCGGUAGGGGUGGCGGCAGAGGUGGACGAGGUGGUAGAGGCGGUAAGCGUGGAGGCUGA